AUGCUGGAUUGGAAACCUUACGCCGAGUACGGAUAUGAGAUUGCCGCCCGUAAAGGUGUUCCCGUGGUGGCCAACUAUCUGUCCCAAUUCUUGCAGUACAUAACAUGCUGCUGUAAGCUGUUUCCCGGACGGAUCGGCAACAUCUAUGCGCUGGAUCCGGCCGGUCCGCUGUUUUCUCACCCUAUUGAUGUUGGGCUGCCCCGCCGGUUAGCCCGUACCGAUGCAAAGUACGUGCAAGUGAUCUCCACGUCCCGGUAUGCGAUGGGCUUAGGACCGUUCGUGGGUACUCAAAACUUCCUACCGAACGCAGGGUACCAUCCGCAAGCACCUUGUAAAGCGGGAAUUACUGGAUUGGCCGAGUUGGCGAAUGCGCUAAUAUGUAGCCAUCAAUACGCGGCGGAACUGUUUAUCCAAACGCUCGAUCCGGCCAACGUAAUUCAAGGUCAGAAGUGUGACUCAGCUCUUAGAUUACGGGGAUGCUUAUUCCGGCCAAAAGAUCGGUUGGGUAUUUACUCAAAAAGGUAAGUCCAAGUUAAAUGUUAUUUAAGACAUCGAGUGAUGAUGACUGAUUUAUUUUACAGAAUACCGGGCAAUUUUUACUUGUAAACGAACACACAAAUGUGCAGGAUUAGCUUAAAAUUAUACAUCACCUAAGUUCGUACGUGAAAAAUGGAUUCUGAAUUUCAGACAUAUAAUAUCACACACAUACACAAGAAUGAUUUUUUUAAAAUAAAAAAUGAAUUCGGAUGAUAAAUUCAUCCGAAAAGAUAAACACACAUUUCGUCAAGAUGGACAUAAACAGAAAGAAAAUGGGAAAUACUGUGCCAAAUGGUACUAAAAGUAUGAAAUUUAAAGCUCUGAGAACGCAUUUCAGAGUGCCACAUAAAACACAAAACGCAUCAAAGGUAGAUGUGCGAAAUAAAAUAGAUUAGCCAACGAGAGAACAUGUAGCAUGAAAGGUUUGGAAAUGUAUCGUAUGGCUUAGCCACUGGUAAG